AUGUCGGGCGAUUUGACCUUUGGGACCUUGGUCAAGAAGCAGUUUACUGCUCAGAAGCUGCUGUUUCACUUCCUCUUCUGGACCUUUCACUUCGGCAUUUUCGCCUAUGGAUGGUGGAAGCAAGCAGCCGAUGUAAGAUUGGCGGGUCUCAACACUCUGCAGUACUCCGUUUGGAUCUCUAGAGGUGCUGGUCUGGUUCUCAGUGUCGAUGGCAUGCUCAUCCUCCUCCCGGUUUGCCGAACGGUCAUGCGAUGGAUUCGACCCAAGGUCCGCUUCCUGCCUCUCGACGAGAACCUUUGGCUUCACAGACAAUUGGCCUACUCCAUGCUUCUGUUCACCAUUCUGCACACCUCUGCCCACUACAUCAACUUCUUCAACGUCGAGGUUACCCAAAUCAGACCUGUGACUGCCAUCCAGAUUCACUACGCUCAGGCUGGUGGUGUCACUGGACAUGUCAUGCUUCUCUGCAUGCUUCUGAUGUACACCACUGCUCACUCCCGCAUUCGUCAGCAGUCGUUCGAGACCUUCUGGUACACUCACCACCUGUUCAUCCCGUUCUUCCUCGGACUUUACACCCACACCGUCGGCUGCUUCGUGCGUGACACCGCCGAGUCGUACUCGCCAUUCGCUGGAAAGGACUACUGGGACCACUGCAUCGGUUACCUCGGUUGGCGAUGGGAGCUCUGGUCAGGAGCUUUCUACCUUAUGGAGCGUACUUACCGUGAGAUUCGCGCCCGCCGUCUCACAAAGAUUACCCGUGUCGUCCGCCACCCGUACGACGUCGUCGAGCUCCAGUUCAACAAGCCUUCUUUCAAGUACAAGGCCGGCCAGUGGCUCUUCCUGCAGGUGCCUUCCCUCUCUAACUACCAGUGGCACCCGUUCACCAUCACUUCUUGCCCCUUCGACCCCUACGUCUCUGUCCACGUCCGCCAGGUCGGUGACUUCACCCGCGCUCUCGGUGACGCAGUCGGUGCUGGAAGUGCUCAGGCCAAGCUUUACGAUGGCGUCGACCCCAUGGGAAUGUACGAGGUUGCUCUUCAGAACGGCCAGCAAAUGCCCGACCUCCGCAUCGACGGACCCUACGGAGCUCCCGCCGAGGACGUGUUCGAGAACGAAAUCGCCGUUCUCAUUGGUACCGGUAUCGGUGUUACUCCUUGGGCUUCGAUUCUGAAGAACAUCUGGCACAUGCGCAACGGCCCGAACCCUCCGACCCGUCUUCGCCGUGUCGAGUUCAUCUGGGUUUGCAAGGACACCGGUUCCUUCGAAUGGUUCCAGACCCUGCUUUCGUCUCUCGAGUCUCAGUCUGAGGAGGCAGCUCGUCUGCCCGGCAGCAACGGUGUCGAGUUCUUGAAGAUCCACUCCUACCUCACCCAGAAGCUGGAUAUGGACACGACACAGAACAUUGUUCUCAACUCCGUUGGAUCCCAGCAUGACCCCCUGACCGAGCUCAAGUCCCGUACGAACUUCGGCAGACCCAACUUCUCCAAGCUCUUUGCAACCAUGCGCGACGGCAUUCUGGACAGAACCUACCUCAACGGUCUGGAAGGCAGCAUGCGCACAACUGUCGGUGUUUACUUCUGUGGUCCUUCAGUAGCUGCUCGCGAUAUCAAGAAGGCUUGCAACGAAGCGACCGUCAGGGAAGUCAACUUCCGUUUCUGGAAGGAGCACUUCUAA